UGUGGUGAAAUGUGGGUGAAAUCCACAAUUCCACAAGGGCAACGUUAUUAUUUAAAAAAAGAAGAAUAAUGUUCGUUCAAUCUGAUUUUUAAAAAAACUUUUAUUUGUGAAUAAAUAUUUACAGAAUGGCAGAUAUUGAUAGUUUAUUCGAUUGUUUUGAUGAACCAGCACAAAAUGAAGCAGCGGUACAGUUUCCAAAUUUGAAAAAUGAUGAUAAUCCUGUGAUACCAGCUGAAAGUAGUACUUCGAGUAAAAGGCCACAUGAAGAGGUGGAAUAUGCCGAUACUGCACAGUGCAAAAAAUCUAAACAGCAAGAUGAUGAAACUGAACUCAUUAGUGAUAUAAAUGUAGAUUUAUUGAGUUCACGAAUCGUCAUUCACACAUUAGAAACACAUGAAGGCUGUACACAUGAAGUGGCAAUACCACCAAAUCAUGAUUAUGCAUCUCUAAUUCCUAUAUCUGGUGAGCCUGCCAAACAGUAUAGUUUCAUUCUGGAUCCAUUUCAGAAGGAAGCUAUAUUGUGUAUUAACAAUCUACAAUCGGUAUUGGUGUCAGCUCAUACGUCAGCAGGAAAAACUGUUGUAGCUGAGUAUGCCAUAGCUUUAUCAUUGAAAAACAAACAGAGGGUGAUAUAUACCACUCCAAUAAAAGCCCUGUCUAAUCAAAAAUACAGAGAAUUCUCAGAAGAAUUUCAUGAUGUGGGUCUUAUUACUGGUGAUGUCACAAUCAAUCCUUCAGCUUCUUGUCUCAUCAUGACCACAGAGAUUUUAAGAAAUAUGUUAUACAGAGGUUCUGAAAUAAUGCGAGAAGUGGGUUGGGUUGUCUUUGACGAGAUUCACUACAUGAGAGACAAAGAGCGUGGAGUUGUAUGGGAAGAAACCCUUAUUCUUCUGCCGGACAAUGUGCACUAUGUGUUUCUAUCUGCAACUAUCCCCAACGCUCGACAGUUUGCAGAGUGGGUGUGCAGACUACACUCGCAGCCAUGUCACGUAGUUUACACAGAGUAUCGACCUACGCCUCUGCAACACUAUAUUUUUCCUGCAGGUGGUGACGGUAUACACUUAGUUGUUGACGAAAAGGGCAUAUUUAAAGAGGACAAUUUCAAUACUGCUAUGGCAGUGCUGAGUAACGCCGGUGAUGCUGGUAAGGGUGACCAAAGAGGUCGCCGUGGUGGUGUCACCGGCAAAAACUCAACAAACAUUUUCAAUAUUGUCAAAAUGAUAAUGGAGAGAAAUUUUGCGCCAGUCAUUAUAUUCAGUUUUAGCAAGAAGGACUGUGAGGUCUAUGCCAUGCAGAUGGCAAAAUUGGACUUCAACACUAUUGAAGAGAAGAGAUUGGUGGACGAAGUGUUCAACAAUGCGAUGGAUGUAUUGUCAGAGGAGGAUCGUAAAUUGCCACAGGUGGAAAAUGUGAUACCACUGCUGAGACGUGGCAUCGGCAUCCAUCACGGUGGUCUGCUGCCCAUACUCAAGGAGACCAUAGAGAUUUUGUUUGGUCUGGGUCUUAUAAAGGCUUUAUUUGCAACUGAGACGUUUGCGAUGGGAUUGAAUAUGCCUGCCAGAACCGUUGUGUUCACAAGUUGCCAGAAAUUCGAUGGAAAAGAUUUUCGAUAUAUAUCAUCAGGAGAGUAUAUACAGAUGUCUGGUCGCGCCGGACGUCGUGGAUUGGAUGACAAGGGUAUUGUUAUACUUAUGAUAGAUCAGAAGGUCACGCCCACUAUCGUUAAGGGUAUGGUGCAGGGGAAAGCUGACCCUAUAAAUUCUGCUUUCCAUCUCACAUACAAUAUGGUUUUGAACUUGUUGAGAGUGGAGGAAAUCAAUCCUGAAUACAUGUUGGAAAGAAGCUUUUACCAGUUCCAAAAUCAAGCGGCUAUUCCGGACUUGAUUGAUAAAGUGAAAGCGAAACAAAAAGAGUACAACGCCCUGACGGUGGAGAGCGAACAUUCCAUAGCAUCUUAUUGCAGUAUCCGUUCGCAACUCGAUAUAUUGGGCACGCAGUUUCGUGCGUUCAUCACUAAACCUGAAUACCUCAAGCCCUUCCUGCAACCCGGCAGACUCGUGAAGGUGAAAACAGAGAAGUACGAAUAUGACUGGGGUAUUAUAGUGAAUUUCCGACAUAAGAUGGACAGAGGCAAAAAGGGUAAAGACCCUAACCCAUUAACUGCAGAGCCCGCUAUUAUCGUAGAUAUAUUGUUGCACGUCAAGAAAGCUGAUGAACACGAGGCAGAUACCAACGUGCCGUGUCCAGUUGGCGAGGCGGGAGAUGUAGAAGUGGUUCCCGUUCUUCAUACUCUCAUAUAUCAAAUAAGCUCAUUGCGAGUAUACUAUCCUAAAGAUUUAAGACCCGCUGAUAACCGUAAAUCGGUUUUGAAAACAAUAGGCGAAGUAAAGAAACGGUUCCCAGAAGGACCACCUUUACUCAACCCGAUAAAAGAUAUGAAGAUAGAGGACAAUGUGUUUAAAGAGUGCGUUGACAGGAUAAAGCAAUUAGAAGAAAGAUUAUACGCCCAUCCCCUACAUAAUGAUAAAAAUCGAGCCGCUCUCACCGCCGCCUAUGAGAAGAAGCAAGAGUUAUACGAGGAACUGAAUUUAGCAAAGGCAGAGUUGAAGAAGGCUAAAAGUGUAUUGCAAAUGGACGAACUGAAGAAGAGGAAACGAGUCCUCAGGCGGAUGGGAUACUGCACAGCUGCUGAUGUUAUAGAGCUGAAGGGUCGCAUUGCCUGUGAAUUGAGCAGUGCCGACGAGUUACUUUUGACGGAGUUGAUAUUCAAUGGUGUGUUCAACACUCUGAGUCCUGAGCAGAGCGCUUCUCUGGUCAGCUGCUUCGUUUGCGACGAGAACUCUACGCAGUCCUCUGCAUCAGGGGAGGAAUUACGUGGUGUUUUGCGGCAAUUGCAGGAAUACGCACGUCGUAUAGCUAAGGUGUCUAUAGAUGCGAAGAUGGAUCUCGACGAGGAUCAAUACGUGAGCAAGUUCAAGUGCACGCUGAUGGACGUGGUGCUUGCAUGGGCAAAGGGAGCUUCCUUCCUCCAAAUAUGCAAGAUGACUGAUGUCUUCGAAGGUUCAAUAAUACGUUGUAUGCGCCGGCUGGAAGAAGUGUUACGGCAGUUGUGCCAGGCAGCAAAGAACAUUGGUAACACAGAUCUAGAGAACAAAUUUAGCGAAGCCAUUAAGCUUCUAAAGCGUGAUAUUGUAUUCGCCGCUAGUUUGUAUAUGUAAAAAAAUCGAUAAUAAAUGUCAUUUUUUUACU